CCUUCCGCUCUCUGCUCCCCGGCGUCCGCGACGCAUCCUCACGCUCCUUGUCUCCCGCCACGCCCGCACGGCCACUGCUCGCGACGACCGACAUACCACGCCCUGCUCUGACAUACCGCGCCAGCACUUCGCCCCCCUCGUCAUGUCGAGCGAUAGCCGCGUCUGAGUCUGACGACCGUGCCCAUGGCGCACAGCACUCACGACCGCGACGCCCACCACCACGCGAGGUCCUCCUCCUCGCACUCCGUUCGCAGCCAUCGCUCGCUGCCCCAUCUCUCCGUCCACCCUCAGCCCGGAGCACCGCCCAUGCCCAACCGCCCGCCUUUGUCUCGUCAGUCCAGCUCGCCGAUGGGCCCUCGCCCGCCUGGCACGGCCUCUCCCCUCUCUGGGCCCCCUCCAGCCGCCUCCUCGCCCUCCUCGUCCAGCUCGCCAGCCACCCUCCAGCCGCCCCCCUCCGCAUCCAGGGCUCGCUCGCAUUCCCCCGCGGCCUCCCACACCGAACGCGGCUCAGGCGGCCGACGUCCUUCUACCGCACAAGAAGCCUCUUCUUCCCGCCCUACCGCCCGCCACGAACCCUCGAGCUCCCGCCGACCGGCCACCUCCUCGCCGGCCACGCCAUCGGCAUCGUCUGUCCCCGCCGCUACCCCGCUCUCCGAGGCCGCCUUGAAAGCCUACUCGGCCCGCUACCUGUCCUCGUCCCACCCGACCAGUUCCCGCAAGUCUUCGGGCAACGCCUCCGACUCGGGCGCCUCCGUGCUCGACAUGAAGCGCCUGCUCAGCAAGCCCGCGCCUUCCUCCACGCGCUCCGCGCCGUCCGAAGCGUCCGAGCCGCCGUCCGUCCCCCGCGCAGGGCCCUCUCGCGGCCGGUACACCAGCGCAGCCGAACCCAAGACGGCGUCUUCGUCCACCGCGAGCGCGCAACGCAGCACGCACCGGUCGGCGAGCUACACCGCGUCCGCAUCGCACUCGCGCGCCGCCCCCACGCUCAAGCCCCAGGAUCCUUCCCCUUCUCCCCGCCGCUCCAGCUUUUCCGCGCGAAAGUCCGUCCCGUCGGACAAGGACAGGGACAGGGACAGGGACCACCGACCGGCCGCGCUCAAACACCGUUCUAGCCACAGCACCAUGCGCCCCUCGCAGGCGACGCCGACCGCGGGCUCGUUCCCCACAUCCGUCCACAGUCCGCGACGCGCCACCACCGCGCCCGAGCCAGCCUCCCGGAGCCCGCGCCCUCCGACCGAACGGAACGAGAGUCCGCUCCCGCGGAGCGUCACGCCAGCCGGGGCGAUCAUGCUCGCGUACAAAGAGCAGGAGAAACGUCGGUCGCAGCUCGCCAUGCUGGCAGGGGAACAGACGCCGGAAGCGACGACGACGAGACCCGCGCAGAGCCCGAAUCCGGCAAGCUCGCGCGAUUCGAACGGGAGCGCCGCCGGGGUGUAUUAUACGGUGUUUGGGAACACGUCGGGGAAGGUGGUCGCCGUCGGCGGGCCGGAGGACGACGCGUGGCGACUGAACAUGGACGCGUACUACGGCUGGGACGCGCCCUCGCACAAGUCGGCGAGCGUCCACGCCGGGAGCGGGAGCGGGAGCAGCGGGGUGAGACGCAGCUUGUCGCGGAAGGUGUCGGCGCGGUGGAGGAGGGCGAACGUGCGGGGCGAGUCGUCGCCGUCGACGUCGGGGACCGGGACGGAGGACAGGCGCGCCGAGGCGCCGAGGCAGAGCCUGCAGGAGCGUCGGUCGGCGAGCUUGCCGAAGGAACGCCGCAAGUCGCUCCGGUUGUCGAUCGACGGCUACGUCGACAUGGCCGCCGUCGCGAGCCCCUUGCCGUCCGCGCGGAACGGUGCGCCGAGCGCGGGGACGCCCAAGGCCAAGCUCCGCAAGCAGCGCGACAAGGAGAGCAGGGAGGACGAGCAUUCGCCCGGGGGAAAGCUGUGGAAGCUCAUGAAGCGCAUCAGCACCGGCGGGCUGAGGGACAAGUACAGCAGCGCGAGCCCGGAGGUGUCGCCGCCGCCGGUGCCCGCGCUCCCGCGCGACUUGCCAGCGCACAGCCGGACGACCACGCAGACGUCGCCGUCGUCGGACAGCCAGGGCUCGAGCCCGAACCCGCUCACGCGCUACCUCUCCCCAAGACCGAGCAUGACCGCGCUCCGCAGCACACCCCGGACGCCCGUGCACCCGCGCAGCUCGUCGGGGCCGGCGCCGACGACGUCCAGCGGACGCAAGUCGACGCGGACGACGAGCACCACCGGACCGCGGCCGAGCACGACGACGCGCUCCUCGUCCCCGAUCUCGUCCUCCGACGUCGCGUCCUCCUCCCGCUUCUUCAAGAGCAACGUCUCCUCGCGCUCCUCGAGCUCGUCUUACGGCGAGGAGAUCCAGAGCACCACGCACGGCACCGCCGCGAUCGGCAAGUACAUCAUACCGCCCGGCCAGCUCGAGGAGCUGCACAAGCUCGACCUCAGCUUCAUGAAGAACCCGGACCCCGCGAAGCGCUCGCCCACCGCCGCUCGUAGCCGACAAGCGGACGACUCGCCCCCGCCCAUCUCCGCCGUCGACGCGCAUCCCGCCCCGCUCGCGCCCCCGCGCUCCGCCCGCCGCGCGUUCCGCUCCGAGUCGCCCGAGAUCCCGUCGUUCUCGACCGACGGCCCCGUGAACGACUUUUCGGCGGCGGCGCGGACCAAGCGCGCGCGGCACGUCACGUCCAGCUUUGGAGCGCGCCCCGCGACCUCGCCCGUCACGGGCUCCUUCCCCGCGUCCGAGUUGGGCGCGCUGUCGCCGCCCCCGCCGCGCCCGGCGAAGAGCCCGCGCCGGCCCUUGUCGGCCGCCGUGGCCCCGACCACGCCGCUCAUCCCGCCGCUGGCGCCGCUGCCGACGAUCACCAUGGACCUCGAGGCCGUCGCCGCCUCUCGCGAGCGCCACGACGAGGACAACGAGGACGACCGCCAGAGCCGCGCCGUUCGCACGGCCAGCAACGCCUCCACGAUGAAAGACGGUCGGCGGUCCCGCUCGCGCUCGCAGGCCCCCGCCCCGUCGCCCGUCACGUUCCGCGAGCUCGGGACGUCGCCCGCGCGGCUGCGGUCCGAGCAGGAGAAGGCGCGCAUGUGGGACGCGCUCCUGGAGCGCUCCGAUCGCGCCGGCGGCACCCUCCGCGUCGGGGGCGACGACGAGCUGCCGUCGGACAGCCUGCGGCUGUCGACCUUUUCCGACUUCUGAGGCGGGGCCCCGGUGUCCUCUGUGUGUAGCAAAAAAUGACCGUGCCUCCGCGAUAAAGUAGUAGUGUGUUUUAUAUGGUUUUCCGUCUCCGUCGCUUGCUCAUUCCUCUCUCUCUCUCUGCUCCUCUUACGCGUCUGUAUAAUCGCACGUUCCUCGUAUACCCGCCCACAACCCCUGCCUGUUCCUGCCUGCGUGUUAUACAUAGUAGCCUGCAAUGCGAAU